AUUUUCUGGUUACAAAAACCAUGACUACAUUAAUCCCGCGCCAACCCUACUCCCAGGACGAGCUGGAGAAGCUGUAUCCAAAGGAGCUCGAGUUACAGCUCGUACAGAUUCUAUUGCGGCAUGGCGAAAGAAGCCCUGUGUCACCCCGCUUUCAAAAUACCGGUCUUCCGCCAUAUUGGCCGUACUGCAACUCUGCUCGCCAACUCACAAGCGUAAUCCUAAACACCAAGGACUUUUCGAAAUGGGACCAACUCAAAUACCGAAGGCGACUGGAGACAUUUGGCAUGGACGAUGGGCCAGUCAUCGCCUCCGGUCCCAAGGGCGAGUUCGAUGCCGUAUGUCAACCAGGUGAACUUACCGAUAAAGGCCGGGAGACGACGCUAGCUCUGGGCGAGCGUCUUCGCCAUCUCUAUGUCAACCAGCUCAAGUUCAUGCCGCAGCUCAUCUCUGACAGCGACAUGAUCUACUUGCGCGCAACACCUAUCCCGCGUGCUCUGGAAUCUGUACAGCAGGCAUUCUGGGGCUUUUACCCACCCUCCGCAAGAACAUCUGACUUUCCACCUCCAACUAUCAUUACUAGAACACCUGCGGAUGAGACACUUUUCCCCAACGAUGCCAGCUGCAGGCGUUUUGCUCAACUCAGUCGUGCAUUCGCCCAACGCGCAGCUGAUAGAUGGAAUGAUACCGACGACAUGCGUUACCUCUCCAAGGUGCUCUCGAAAUGGAUGCCCGAUGGCCAGAAGGUUGCUGUAGACUCUCACCCACGACUCUCAGGUAUCAUGGACACCUUGAAUGCCACUGAUGCUCAUGGGCCUGAGACCAAGCUCCCCAAGGAAUUCUACGACCCCAAAGCCCGCGCCAUCAUCGACAAGAUUGCCGUAGAAGAGUGGUACAAGGGCUACAGCGAGUCGGCCGAGUACCGCAUGCUCGGCAUCGGUGGCCUGCUAGGCGACAUCACGUCCCGAAUGGUAGGCAGCGUCGAGCGCAACGGCAACUCGGGCAUAGUCGAAGUAGGAGGCGUAGAUGGAAAUCUAGGCAAAGGCCGCGGCGGCGAAACCAACAUCCGCUUCGCACUCUCAGGCUGCCACGACACAACUUUAGCCGGUCUGCUGACCUCGCUCGGUGCCUUUGAAGGCGAAGACUGGCCCCCUUUCACCUCGCAUGUUGCCGUCGAGAUGUUCAGAAAAAGGAACCGCAGCAGAGUUCCCCCAUCCCCUUCCCUGGCAGUGCAGGACCCCCAGUCCAAGAGCCAAAGCUGGUGGUCCUCGCUCUUCGGCAGCACAAAGACUACUUCGGCCGCUGGUCUCGCGCCCGAGGGCAUAUCCCGCAAGCCCAUGACUGAGCUCUCACCGGCCCAGCGCGACCAAUUAAACGACUACUACGUGCGCUUAAGGUACAACGACAAGGUGAUGCAGAUUCCUGGCUGCAAGCCCGACGGCAAGCAUCUGGAUGGCGACACGAGUUUCUGCACCUUGGAAGCGUUCAAGAGCAUCGUGGACAAGUUUACCCCCAAGAACUGGCACGCGGCGUGUACCAGUCGAUUGGGUCAGCCUGCGUUUCCCGAGAAGCCCGAGCCAGCUGGGUAUGAGUAAUGCGUGGGCCGUUGGACGUGCAUCUCUCAUUUGGUGCUGGCUUCUU